GUAAAGCCUCGCAGGGCCUCCUUGACUUCGCCGGAUUAGUCGGUAUACAGCAAUCUCUUUUUUUCUCGAGUGGGAGUCGACACUCCACCCUUUCAUGCUGGAAGAAAAAUCUCCGUUUAUAUUUUUCACGAGUUAUGAAUAUUGGAAAUUAAUCACCUAGACUUUGAAUCCACUAUUAUUAACCCGCUUACGGCACACUGGUGCCAAAUUGGCACCGGCGUUUUCUUUACUUAACGGUAACUUCUAGACCUUUCGCUUUCGGGAGAUUUCUUUUGUUCGACAAACUCUACCGAAGGGUCCCCUAAAUGCCUGUACCUAUGCCGCGUCAGUGGCUUGUAAGCAGCCGGUUUGAGCGCACGUCAAACUUGCCGUAGUGCCUAUCUGGCACCAGUGUGCCGUUGAGCGUUGCGCAUUCGGUGUCUGAGUGAAAUUUGUGUAGGCAUUUUGUUCAACUCCAAGGGAUAUUUUCUAUGCAAGAUGGCUGCGGAAGGUCGGAAGUACAAUCUUCGCUCCAUUCGAGCGGUUGUUCAGACGUUUUCUGAAUCCGACGAUGAUCUCCGUGAAAACGUGGAUUCUGACGAUGAGGUAUUUGUACCUUCAGAUACUGGAGACAGAGAUAGCGAGCAGUCAGAUGACGAGGAAAAUGAAGAUGAAGGAAACAAUGAGCAAGAGUCGGAUUCCGAUCUAGAGAAGGAGAGUGAGAGAGCAACAAAGAGAAAGCGUGUCUCCGAAGCAGCUGAGCGGAUACGCAAACGUGGUCGGCCCCGAAAAAGUAUACCUGCGAAGUGCGGAAUAAAAUGGUCAGAAAUUGUACCUGUCCGGCACGGUAGGCGUUCCAGCGCUCAUCAGACGUUCGAACCGUCCCCAGCCAACGCUGCUCUCGAAAUUGACUCACCGUUAGAUGCUUUUCAGAUUUUAUUUUCAAAAGAGAUUAUCGAUAUAAUUGUACUACAUACAAACGAAGAAAUUGAUCGGGAAGUCGCGCGUCUUAGAAAAGAUAAUCUAGUCGUUCAAUCUUAUCACUCGCACACGACAAGCGAUGAAAUUAACGCGUACAUCGGUGUACUGAUUUUUGGUGCGGUUUUUCAUCAAAACAAACUGAGCUUGGAUGAUAUAUUUUCUGAGCAUCAUGGGUCAGGUUUCUGUCGCGCGGCAUUUUCUGAGCACAGAUUUCAAUUUUUGAAUUACAUGGUGCGAUUCGAUGACAAAUCUACGAGGGAAGAGCGACGGGCUCGUGAUAAAUUAGCUCCAAUACGUGAGAUUUGGGACAUGUUCAUAAAAAAUUGUACCGAUUCAUAUGAACCGUCAACCGAUAUUACGAUUGACGAGCAACUCAUCGGUUUCAGGGGCAGAUGUUGUUUUAGAAUUUACAUGAAAAGUAAACCGGAUAAAUACGGCCUCAAAGUGCUCAUGUGUAAUGACGCUCAAACUUCUUACAUGAUUUCAGCCAUUCCUUACGUAGGGAAAGUUACCCCUGAACGCGGUGAUUCAGUUCCAACUUAUUUCGUUCGAAAACUACUCGAUUGUACUUCGAUUCCAGGUACUUGGCGGCAUAUAACGAUGGAUAGGUGGUUCACUUCGGUUCCUCUUUUCGAAAUGUUGCGCGAAAAAUAUCAGUUGCGAGCGGUAGGAACUAUUCAAAAAAACAGGACCGAGAUUCCUAUACAAAUGAAAACUUCUGGUAAUGUUGGUACGUCGAAAUUUGUUUACACACCAACUUUAACUUUGGUUGCUUACACGCCGAAAGCGAACAAAAUUGUACUCGUAUUAUCGUCGAUUCAUCACGAUGCUUCGAUUAAUCGAACGACAGGAAAACCCGAGAUGAUAAUGUACUACAACGCUCACAAAGGAGGAAUCGACACUUUUGACCAACACUGUCAUACGUUUAACGUAGCGCGCAGAACUCGCAGGUGGCCGUUAAAAUUUUUUUUUAACAUGAUUAAUCAGGCGACGAUCAAUGCACAAAUUUUGUACAAUUUAAAAGUGAGCAAUGAAAAACUCAGCCGUUCAAAGUUCCUCAAAAAUUUAGCGUACGCUUUGAUUACGCCACAUGCGCAAAUGCGAUUAAAUUCGCCUACCCUUCGAAUUUCCGUCAAAAACAUUAUCUCGAAAGUUUUGAAAAUAGAUAUACCUACGACAGAUGUCCCAAAUCUCUUCCGAGACGAAAGUCAAGGCAGGUGUGCCCUUUGCUCCAAUGAAAAAACCGGAAAAACGCGUACGCGAUGCGGAAAAUGUAUGCGUCGAAUAUGCGAUGAACACCGUGCAGGUAUUUGUACCUCUUGUGCUAUUGGCGACGAUUCGAAAUUGCAAACGGAGAAUACGGGAAAUAUACGCAACGAGGAGGAAGAUGAUGAGCUACGGGAGAGGCCAGGGCCAGAACCGGAAGCGCGGGAACUUACGGUAACGGACAGACUGAACAAAAGAUUACUCGAGUCGUUGUUGCAACGAAUGAAUAAUUCAGUCGGCGAGUUUGACAAGUUUAUGGAAAAAAAAGAGGGCACAGAAGACCCUGAAGAAUCCGAAGGCGAUAGUAAUACGCUCCGCGGAAAUUUGAACCCUAUCAUCAUGAUGGAAUUUUCCGACGACGAAAGCCAACGGGAUCUAAACAAUUUCGAUUCCAACGACGAUCAUGGAAAUCGUUCGGACGAAGCUAAGGAAGAAUCGGAUGCUGGAAAAGAGAAUGGCGGCGAGGACCACGAAGAAACUAAAAAACGAAUCGACCCUUCAACCUCCAAAAAAAGGAUCGUUCGGAAUCCGUUACCAAAAUUAAAUGCCGAACGCAUUCAGGGACCCAAAGGUAUUCAAACGAUUGAAAAAUCGUUCGAAGAUUUCAAAUUCCGUGGAAAAGGUCAUGAAAGGAGCGAUUUGAAUGGUGUUAUGAAAAGAUUGGAAUAUUGGGCGCAUCGACUCUUUCCAAAAUAUUGCUUCGAUGAUUUUAUUGAGAAGAUGGAAACUCUCGGCACCAAAAAGAAUAUUCAAGUUUUUCUUAAAAAAUACAGACUCGGUAUGAUCGACGCGGAUUAUAGUGAAGUUUCAGCAAAUGGCCAAGAAGAUGAUGUCGAAAGAGGAGUAGAAGUUAUGGAGGCUGAACCCAUCGACGAUUUUGAUAAAAUAAUUGCUGAGCAGAUUGAAAAACAGAGGGCAAUGGAUAAGACUCUUGACGCUUCGCAACCAUCUCAAAGAAAUAUCCUGGGCUCUGCGAGCACUCUUAAACCUUCUGAAUUGAGCGACGAAAUAAAAGCGAGGAUCGAAGCUAACAAAAAACUUGCACUUGAAAGAAAAAUGGCUCGAGCUAAACGGCUCGAAGAAGAGAAAGAAAGACAAAGACUGGAAGAAGUGCAGAAAGAUUCUCAAACAGUUGUAACUCAAGCUCACAUUGAACAAGAAGUCUCAAUAAAUAACCAAAUGAAUCACGAAGAGCCACCAAAUGAAGCAAACACAUACAUUGAAACAUCAGCAAACGAAAAGACAACAAAUCUUAAAAAUUCAUUAAAUAAAGAAGUCUGCAUCGAAGCAUCGCCAAACAAUGAAGAAAUUGAAACUCUCUCAAAUGCCAUAAUGAUAAAUUCCAAAAUAUUGCCAGAAAACAACGAGACAAGUGCAGACCUGGAGGUGGUGGAAAAGAAACGAUUGAAGUUGGACAAUUCUCUAAAAGAAUCCCACAACAAUCGUUUAGAACUUUCAAUGGAAGAUAAUGAUAAGCUGCAAUCCCUGGAACAAACUGAUACCACGCAGUACCGAGACCAAUCUGAUGGAAUGGGAACAAUGAUAUUGGAUUCCGAGACACCUAUAUCCUGCGUUGAGACCAUUUCUACAGAGGUUCAAGAACAAUCGGAAGAUAGUUUGCCAGAAUUAGAAGAAGCGAUGCAAUUUCCUAUGGAACAAGAGAAUCAAGAAACACCAGAUAAACUGUACGGUAAUUCAUAUCAAGUGAAACGAAAUGGGAGAGAGAAUGAAAACGAUUCAGAUCAAUUACUCACCGAGGAAGAAUUAUUGAGAGCAAUCGACGGGGCCAUGGAAGAAAUCAUUGAAGACAGGAGCAUUGUAUUGUGAUUGAACAAAAAAACUAUUGAAGCGAAUGCCCAUGAAAAACAAAAGUUUUGGAGAAAUUUGAAAAUUGUAAAACCUACUGGGUUUGGCCAGAAUCCUGUUCACGUGGUUAACAAAUAUUUUACUCAAAAAACCUACUAGAAAUUCCAGAGCUAUUGAAAAAGUGACAAAAAGUUUGCAUUGUAUUCUAAUAUUGUUAUCAGCUCUGAACCUUAAAUUGGAAUAAUAUAUAUUCUCAGUAAUCGUUUUGCUGUAAUACCUUAAAUUAAAGUUUGCGACAAUGAGAAAUUUUAUACAAACACUCGUUUUAAUGAUAAAUAAAUGAAGAUUUUUCACAUUUCA